AUGCGGCUCUAUGCGGCGGGGUCCAAUGCUCGCGGACAGCUGGCUUCGGCUGACUUGGAAGAUCAACACCAUUUUAGUCCGUGCAAAUUCUUAUCUAUUUCUUAUUCAAGCGAUCUCCCAACUGGCACUACUCGCGUACUGGACCUUGCAUGCGGCUCUAAUCACACACUCUUGCUUCUCGAACGCGAGUCCGGUGCUGAGCUCUGGGGCUGCGGAGAUUCGAGUAAACGACAGCUACUCUCCCUCGGAUCAACUCUGGUAUUCCAGCACCUCCCGUUCGAUCCCGCGCGCUACGAUCUCGACGGAUACGAAAUUACCGGCAUCGCUGCUUGUUGGGAAACUAGUUUUGUUAUCUUGACACCGCCUGCUGUUACCCAAUCGGCCGAAUUAGAACACUCCACACCCAAAUCCGACGUCGUGGUUUCGUUUGGUGCCAACGAUUUUGGAGACCGCGGGGGUCCUUCUGGUGUCGCCGAUGAUGUAACAAUCAUAGAUUUCCGGAACGUCGCCAUUCCCGGAAUAGUUUCUGCUCGUGUGCGCGAUAUAGCGACCGGACCUCACCACGUUACUACACUGCUUGAAGACGAGAACAAACCGAUAUCAGCCGUGGUCGGUUGGGGAGCAUAUCGCCAUGGUCAACUGGGCACCGGUGCCUUGACCCUCGCUACACCUGCACCCAAUCCCAAAACCAAGAGGCCGAGUCGUCCCGGUCCGGUGCAAAUGGUAGACAAACCUUUAAUUAUUCUUAAUCACCAAGAUCGUCCCGUUCGUCUAGCAGCCGGGUCCCAACACACACUUAUUCUCCACGAGUCCGGCAAAAUCACAAAACUAGGUUCUUCGCGUCGAGGACAACUCGACAUACCAGAACGUGAAUUCAAGGGCGCAUAUAUGGGGUGCACAUGGACCGCCUCGUUUGUCGUCUCAGAGGAUGGGCAGGUUGAGGCGUGUGGGAGCUCGAAUCAUGGUCAGCUCGGACGAGGUGACAACGCUCCGGCCGAGUUUGCGCCUGUGCCGCUUCCAGACAGUGUUGAACAGCUUGCCUGUGGAAGCGAGCAUAUUUUGGCCAUUAUUGGAGAAGAGGUAUGGGCAUGGGGGUGGAAUGAGCAUGGGAAUUUAGGGGUCGGUCAUAUUGAAGAUGCACGAGCGCCGAUGAGAGUCUGGCCGCCUGCGGAUGGGACAUUUGAGGAAAAGGUUGUUGCGAUAUGGGCCGGGUAUGGUACUAGUUGGAUACUGGUGGAUUCUACUGGUGUUGAUGGAGGGAAAUACUCAUGA